AUGCUGGCCGAUGGCCGGCUCACGGUUCUGGAUGGGGAUAUUCUCCUACCAAACAUGGGGAUUGUGCCCCAAAGGCAACUACAGAACUUGCAUUGCACGGUCAAUAUUGUGAUUCACGCAGCAUUGUCAAUCAAUCUCGCAAGUCGCCUAAGCAAGGUGUCCAACUCGAUCAUUGGUGGCAGCGAAACGGUAGCCCGGUUUGCUCUUGCGUGCCAGCAUCUAGAGAGAUUUGUGUUUAUAUCCACGGCCUAUGCCAACGCAUAUUUAUCCCAUGAGCCACGCGUAGCCGGUAAUACUCUGGACACCGUGGUGGAGGAGCGUGUCUACUCACUCUCCUGCUUGGACGGGACGAAUGCGGGUGACGAGUGGGCGACGGUACGAACGCAUGGAUCAAGUGCUGCAUUUGAAGCACACAACUUCCCCUGGCCAUAUGCAUAUGCGAAGCACCUGACGGAGCGUCUUUUGAUGGAAAUGUUCCAGGAUCAUGGGACCCGUGAGAAGCUUCUCAUCAUCCGACCCUCGGUGAUAGGGCCUGCGCAGAGCUUCCCAUUUCCCGGAUAUAGCGUUCCACUAUCAACCCCAUCGACGGUCAUUGGUGCCAGCUUCGCCCUUACUCCGUCACUAUUCGCGAUCUUGUCCACUCGACUUCCUGACCCGGGAACGCAAGCAACGACAGAUGAGGUCCCUGUCGACGUGGUUGUGGAUAGGAUCCUCGUUCACCUGGCCAAGGGAACGGUGGGCCCAGUUCACGCGGUGAGUGGCAAAAGAGCUCGCAUGAACCUCAGCGUUCACUGGGAAGGCUUUGUAUCGACCCGCCGACUGCCCUGGUCUUUGAGGCCGGUAUGGACGUCUUUGGAUUGGCAUUCGUCCCAAAUCCAUCCGAUAUUCAAACUGUACAAGAUAAUCGGGACCUCAUACAACUUUCUGGAGGGAAAGACCCAGACGGUGUGGGAAAGUCUACCAGACUUCGAGAGGCAAAACCUGCAGCUGUUUACGGAUACGGCCGGCGAUCAAUUAAAUUGGUCAUGGAGACGAAAGGGUCUGGAGAUUUGUAUGACGAAGAUGGCCACAAGAAAUACGGUCGCCUGGUUGAUGCUACACUUGUUUUACACUUCGGUUCCAUUCUAUCUCCGGCUGCUCGUAAUCGGGGCUAUUAGUGGGUUUGGAUUCGGGGCGUGCUAUGCUCUCAAAGGCUCUACUAUUCGUACUCUAUUAAGAGGGUUUUCGCACCUCGCAUAG